AUGUCCCUGCACUGGCUUCCUCACUUGGCUUCCAUUGCAGAUUCCUUCAUUUAUGUCAUCUUGCAUAUGGAAAUGACUGGCUCUUCUAUCAAAGGAUUUGUGAACACACACUUCCAUACCCCUUACAGUGGGUUUUGGAGUUGCUACAUUGUUCCCUUUGACACUGUUGUUGAAGCUGGAACUGAUGGUGUUUUCAUCAGGAGUCCCAUAGUCUCCCUUAUCAAAGAACUGCCAGCAGGUCAAGUUCCUCAGUUUGAUGGCAGGUAUGUACUAGAAGCACUUUUCAACUGUCUCAUCGAGUUAGAGGAGGCUCACAAUGCUACAUGGAAUGAUCCAAUGUUCUGGGCUGAUUUCAAAAGUCACUAUGGUUACAUGAACCACCCUUCUAAGCUAUACAGUAUUUUGCAGAAGAUUUGGCUGAAGCAAGAGGAUCUCAACCAUACAGGGUCACAUAAAAUUAAUAAUGCAGUUGGCCAGCUAAAUGCCUCAGCAAAACUUGCAUUACUACAGCAACAGGUGCCAGACAACAUGGAUGGAGUGCAUCAUCUAUAUGGGUUCCAAGGAUGUGCAGAGACAAGCUCUAAAUGUUUUCCAUAUGAGGAUGCUUGGUGCCAAGGUACCCAACUUGAGAUGUCAUGCCUGUCAAGACUGGUUCAAAGACAUGGAGGGAUGCCUGUUAACAAAGUGAUGAGAGAUUGGGUUACAAACCUUGCUACAACCCAUUCCUCAUCAGAUCCUGUGUGGCCCUCAUCCAUUCCCAACUAUCAAAAGGUGAUUGGACAUGAAAUCAAAGCAGAGAUGAAGGAGGCAACAGGGAAACUUCUGGAUGUGAUUGUUGCAUGCAUUGGAGGUGGCAGCAAUGCCAUUGGGUCUUUUAUGAGUUCUUCCUGGAUCCAUCUGUGCACCUUAUGGGUGUUGAGGCCCAGUGAGAAAGCCCAUGCACCUGGUUAG